CGGUACCGCUGCUGGUACCACGUGCGAGCUAACGCGGACGCGGUUCUGUCUCGGCGAAAUAUGCGAGUUUUCAUUCGGACGCUGGAUGAUUUCAGGAUAUGGACGUUUCGUGUCUGCAAGGACGUUCCGCGACGGUACCGGGCGGACGGGAUAAGGAGGGGAAGCCCUUGAUCGUGAUAACAGUACCGUCGGAUUCGCCCCACAUCGACGUGGUUCCGGCCUUUCGGUACCUACUUUCGCUGUUCAGUAAAACCAGCCGAUCGAGAGGACUAACGGUGAUCGUCGACGCGAGAAAGGGACCUUGGAAAGUCGCAAGGUCGUGCAUUCGACAGGCCAUCGACGCAUUUUCGCCCGAAGAACCGGCCGAAAUCCUCGUCCUACGGCCCGACGCUUUCUGGGACAAGCAAAGAGUGGACAAUUGCGCUUCGGCAUCCAACGACAAACAGGUCACGUUUGUGCCGAGAUCUCGUUUGAACAAGUUCGCCGAUCCUUCGCAACUUCCUGUCGAACUCGGCGGCAGUUUCGUCUACGAUCACGAUAAGUGGAUCGAGAACAGGCAGAAAGUAGAAGAAUUUUACUUAGACUGUGAUGUUGCGCUGAAAGAAUUGGACGAGCUGCACCGGUACGUGAUGGCGAGUAAAAUGCUGAGGCCCAGCCAAGUCCAGGAAGCCAUCAGCACCGGUUCCGACAUGGCGCAGUCGACUAAAAUGCUGGUUUUCAACGCCACACAAACAGGUAAAGAAAUUAUAGAAAAUAUAGAAUACGAAAACCGAACGAGGAAAUUCGCUUCGGAACACUUCGAUUUAUCAACCCCCCAAGACGCUCUGGACACCAUCAAAAAAAUCGACGAAAUCAUCAACGACAUCAAAACCAAACAACAAGAAAUCGAAGAAGCCUGGAUACAAAUGGAGAAAGUUUACGUAGAUACCAAAGAUUUAGGCUGCUUAGAAGACGGCAUAGUGAAAGUGAUCAACUGGAUCCUAGGCCCUGCCGAGGCCCUCCUCAACGCCCACCAGAAGGUCGGCUACGACGUCGCCAGCGCCGAGGAGUUGCGCGCCGAGCACGAGGCCAUCGAGCUCGAAUGCUGGGAAACCUACGGAGCCUACGCGGAGCUCGUCCACCGUAUCAACGCCCUGCCCGACGCCCACACCCUCCAACACAAAGACCUCGUCUCCCAGAAGGACUUCAUGGACUUCGUCUGCAAGAGCUUCGCCAUGCGGCUCGAGAGGCGCCGCAACCUCCUCAUCACCUCCUUGAGGUUCUACCGAUUGGUCUCCGAGUACUUCGACAGGACCUCGGAGGUGUUCGAUAGGCUCGUCAUGGGGAUUAAAGUUACGGAAUCCGAUAAAGCAGGGGAUAUCCUGAGGCAACUGGAGGAGAACCAAGCGAACUUAGACCUGGUGGAGCGGGAGUUGCGCAAAGAAGGCGACAAACUCUCGGACAUGCUCUCCAUGUCCGUCAAGGACUGUCUCGGGCGCGACAUCCCGGUGGACCGCGGCGAAGACAUCGUCAACGUGCGCGACGUGCUCGACGCCACGACGGCGCGCCGCAACAUCUUCGUCGACAGCGUCGAGGCGCAGAAGCUGGCGCUGGAGCGCGCCCGGCUCGCCGCCGGGCACGAGCGCGACGCCGCGCAGGCCGUGCGCUGGCUGGACGAGCUGCUCGAGGUGAUGCUGCGCCACCACGGGCACGUCGGCUGCGCCGAGCGCGAGAUCCAGCGCCAGAAGGACGAGCACGCCGAUUUCCAGGAGACCGCUAAAGGGACUUACGAUUACGGGUGUCAGUUGUUGAGCGCUGCUUCGGCGCUGCGCAGGUCGUGCAAGCUGCCGGUGGAGGAGCACGCCGGGCUGUGCCAGAAGCUGGAGAACUCCUGGGGGAGGUUGCAGGGCGUUAGCCAGGAGCAGAUGACUAGGUUGAGGGUGUCUGCGGUGUUUCAUAGGUCUGUGGAGGAGCAAUGUAACCAGUUGAGGGAUUUGAGGGAAGCCGUGGCUACUAUUCCUUUGAUGGAGGUGGGUAAGAAGAAGAUGCGGGUGGAUUAUUACUUCACCAAACGGGAGCGGUUGAUUGUGGAGGUGGGAAGGAUGGUGAGAUUGGGCAGGAUGUUGAGGAACAGACUGAAAGAACCGCUUUGUUACGGUGAAAAAUUCCUGUGUUCCUCCGAAGAAACCGAAGAGCCCAUCGACUCCAUAGCAAAGAAUGAGAUAGCGGUGGAAGCCAUAACGGAACGUCUGUGCGAGAUAACCCUGCUGGCCGAAGAGCUGGACUUUGCCCUGCAGAGCGCCGAGCAGGAUUGCCUGGCGUUCUCGUCCACAUCCACGUCUACAUCAUCCUCAGCAUCCCCCGACAACGACAAGCAGCAGGAGGACAUGGAGCACCAGAUACCUCCAAAGCGGGAAGAUCUCAAAUCCGACGAGGAGUUCCUAACCGCCUCCGAAUCAACCCUCCAACACUCCCGAUCGUCCUCCUACAACACAGCAUCGGAAUGCGAGCACCUGGUGCACUCCCCCUGGUGGGAACACUCCAAAGACGACCUCCACAAGGACCUGAACAAGCAGAAGAUGGUCCUCGCCGUCGGCCUGCCCGAUCUGCCGCCGCCUAAAGAAGUCCUCAAGCCGUCGCCGGAGGUGCCUCCCGGUAAGGUGGUGCGGGAGGUGAUCGAGACCACGCACCUGAAGGUGCAGCAGAGCCACACCCUGGGGGUGGCUUCGUUCGUGCUGAGCUCGGAGACGGUGGGCGAGGGGGCGGCGAAAUUGGACGAGGAGGAGCUGGAGAGGCGGCUGAAGGAGGUAGGUCGUUGCGAGGAGGAAGCUUGGAAAGCCUACCAUAACGUUACUAAGCAGGCCAUUAAAGGUUUUUUGUGAAGAAUUUGUUGAGUUAAAAGUAGAGAGAAAUUUCGAGUGCCAUCUUCGAGGGUGUUUUGAGCAUCCUCGAGUGUACGAAAUGAACUUGAAUGAGACGCAUAUCGAAAAAUAAUUGUUUGUUUUGUAAUAAUAUAAUAUAUAACUUGUUGGUUUAUUCGUUCGAAUGUUUUAAUUAUUGUUGUACUUGCUAGCUUUUACCCCAUUAAUAUUUAUCAGUUUUAACGCGCACGCACGCAUGCAUAUUUUACUAAUUAUAUAAUUUCGUUAAUUGCGCAUUCGACUGGCGAUGGGAAAAAUUUACGGGCAUUUCGUAUAAAAGGAAAACCGGCCAAUGCCGGUACUCCAGUUGCUUUCUACUGCCCCCGAAAGAACUGGUUUCAACUGCAGUACAAGAUUUGUGAAGUAUAGUUAAUAAUAUUGGAGUUUUUUAAUGCUCUGAGGCAAUUUUGGAUCAAUAAUUUGUGGUAAUUGCACGAUAAUUAAUUUAUUUCAUCGCCAGUUUUUUUCGAUUUUGUUAAUUGUUUUUCCUAUUUUUAUUGCUAUACAAUAAACUUGUUUUUUC